AGGAGUAAAUGUCGAACAUUCUCGCAGUUUGUUCAUGAUAUUUAGCGACAUACAUGAACAAACUAAGCUCAGGCUUUCAAAUGGUAUUGCAAAGCAAACAGCCGCGAUGUAAAGUCCCCGUAGUGGAGCACAGUUUGCUGUUGAGUGUGUCCCUGAUCGUGGCCUGUCUAUAACUACCAGCAGUUGGGUUUCCAGACUUCUUCCGCAUUUUCCUACGACUUUCGGGCUGUGACGUGAGUGCUGACGGCGGCCUUGGUGCUGGCGGAGCUGGGGGCUGUAGCGAUUAUCAGUGGAGCUUCGAAAGUCUCGGCCCCUCCCUCACUGCGUCUCAGCGGCCCGCCCAGCUAGCACAAACUCCCGAUUGAAACCUGCCCGAGUCUGGGGAAACCGGACGGCCUGGAAAUCGAAAGAGAGGCCAACCGUACUACAUAAUCUGUGCUGCAGUGACAAAUGAGGUGUAAGGACAAUGGAUGAGGAUGAGACAAGGCUUGCACUCCAUUCCCAAGAUCCUAAAAUCAUUCUGCAUGGAUCAGAUGAGGGUGGUGCUGGAGGGGAGGAGUUUGUGGUGGAGUUGCAGGAGACGGUUCUGGUGUUGGAGGGAGAAGGGGAGGGAAUGGAGGUGCAUGGAUUAGCUCCAGAGGAGCUGGUGAUCCAGGAUGCUGUUGAGGACGUGGUGUCUGAGUAUGUGCACUGCGAUGAGGACGAGGAGGUUGCUGUGGAGACGUGUGUGAUGUCGCUGGAUGGGGAGGACGAAGGCGUUGCCAUGGGGGACAUGCCUGAAGAUGUGAUGGUGGCAGACGGGCAUGCCCAGGAUGAACUGGACCCAGAGCAAGACACAGACGGCUGUGGGGACUACCUGAUGAUCUCCUUGGAUGAGGCAGGCAAGAUGGUGUCAGACGAUGGUACAGAGGUGACUGUGGAGGGAGCCGUGGAGGACCAGGAGUUGGAGAAGGAUGAGGAUGGCCAGGAGGUGAUCAAGGUGUAUAUCUUCAAGGCAGACUCUGGGGAGGAUGACCUGGGAGACACAGAGGACUUGGAAGACUCUACAGGCCGAACGCUCCGAGAGAAGAUGGUGUACAUGUCCCAGGGGGACCAUUGUGCAUCAAAGAUAUCUGAUGAGGUUUACAUGGAGGUGGUGGUGGGGGGUGAGGAGCCAGUGACCCAUGAGCGGUCUUACGACAGCACGGCUCUCAGUAAGGACUUCAUGCCUGUGGCUUGGGCAGCCGCUUAUGGUUCUGAGGACAGUGAAAGCUGUGAGAACAGGAACGGUGCUGCCAGUGCUCUGCUGCACAUUGACGAGUCAGACGGAGUGGACAAGGUCAACAGGCAACGGAACAAGAACAAGAGAACAAGGGCUGAGCCUCGGCAGGUCCAGACAGGUACGCAACUGUCAGAUGGGACUGAAUUACAGUCAGCCAUCAUUAUUGGUCCAUAUGGCCAGCCUCUGACAGUAUACCCCUGCAUGCUCUGUGGCAAGAAGUUCAAGUCGCGAGGCUUCCUGAAGCGCCACACCAAAAACCACCACCAGGAUGUCCUGACCAGGAAAAAGUACCAGUGCACGGACUGUGACUUCACCACCAAUAAGAAGGCCAGCCUUCAUAACCAUAUGGAGGUGCACACACUGAGCAACAAGGCUCUGUUUGAGUGUGAGGUGUGUGGCAAGGAGUUCCACCAGCAGGCAGCGCUGUUCUCCCAUCGACUGCAGCACCACCACCGUGAGCCCAAGAGUCCAGUGCCUUCACAGGCCAACAAGAUGCACAAGUGCAAGUUCUGUGACUACGAGACAGCUGAACAAGGUCUGCUCAACCGCCACUUGCUGGCUGUCCAUAGUAAGAGCUUCCCCCACAUCUGUGUGGAAUGUGGCAAGGGCUUCCGGCACCCCUCCGAACUGAAGAAACACAUGCGCACACACACAGGCGAGAAGCCUUACUCUUGCCUCUACUGCGACUACAAGUCGGCUGAUUCCUCCAACCUGAAGACUCAUGUCAAGACCAAGCACAGCAAAGAGAUGCCCUUCAAGUGUGAGCGCUGCUUCCAGACGUUUGCUGAGGAGGAGGAGUUGCUGCAGCACGGGCUGACUCAUGAGGAGGCCAAAACCCACCAGUGUGCCCACUGUGAACACAAGAGCUCCAACUCCAGUGACCUGAAGCGCCACAUAAUAUCGGUGCAUACUAAGGACUACCCCCACAAAUGUGGCGUCUGCGAUAAAGGCUUCCACCGGCCAUCUGAACUGAAGAAGCACUCUGCGUCGCACCGUGCCAAGAAACUGCACCAGUGCCGGCACUGCAACUUCAAGAUCGCGGACCCCUUUGUGCUCAGUCGCCAUAUCCUGUCAGUCCACACCAAGGAGCAACAGGCCUCUCCUGAAAAGAACGGGGCCAAAAGGACCUUACUGGGGCCUUCCCCUGCCAGUGCACCGGUGGCAAGGAAGCAGGUUUUGGUACCUGGUGCUAGUUCUAGUGCUGCGGGCAUGGCCAAGGGACCCAGGGAGAGGAGGGUUUAUCAGUGUCAGUACUGUGACUACAGCUCUGGGGAUGCCUCAGGCUUCAAGCGCCAUGUGAUCUCCAUCCACACAAAAGACUACCCCCACCGCUGUGAGAUCUGCUCUAAAGGCUUCCGCAGGCCCUCGGAGAAGAGCCAGCAUAUUGCACGCCACCACAAGGACUUAGUGCAGGCAGACUGACCCUGGCACGUCCUACCCCUCAUACCACGACAAAAACACAUGCAACCACUACCACACCGUAAUCAAUUGUAUGAAUGUAUGUAUGUAUACUGAACAAAAAUAUAAAUGCAACAUGCAACAAUUUCAAGGUUUUAUACUGAGU